AUGGGAUAUCCUUCGCCUUUACGUACUAGCAUACGUAAACUCUCUCCAAAUGUUGUUACAGUGUCAUGUCCUUUCUCUAUCAAAAAUAAGGCUGACGUUGGAAAUCGGAUGACGUUGAUCAAGUACGAUGGAGAUGUUGUUGUUUUCUCUCCUAUUCCAUAUGGAGAAUACAUGAACGAAGCUUUUGAGGCAUUAGGUGGACCCAAUUUAAAACCAAAGUACUUGGUGAUUGUCAACUUCCAACACAAUUUGGCAGCUCCGUCAUUCAAAAAAGAAUAUCCGGACAUCAAGAUAAUCGCAGGGGAAAAUGUUGAAUUGGGACCAGAAUGUCCUGUUUCACUCAGAUUAACUAGUGACAUGGGCAAUCGCUUGCUUAAAGCUGAAGAUUUGAGACAGAAGUGGGGCGUCGAUGAAGAAUGGUGGUGCAAUUUGGAGCUCUGUUAUUUGACUAACCACAAGAACAAGGAUGUGGUUAUGUACGAGAAAACGUCUCGCAUCUUAAUUGAAGGUGACGUCGUGUUCAACAUGGGUGUUCCAGACGAAAAUGACUCCUUUGAGCAAUACUCACCUGCUACCGGUUACCGAGAAAAGCACUUUCCUUAUACUGGAUGGUCCUACAUGUUGAGGUUUGUCAAUGCUAACAGCUUUCUAGGACCAUGGUUAUUUUCUCGUUUGUCGAACACUAAAACAGAAGGCGGUAGAAAUGCAAUUAAAUUGUUGUAUGAAAACUGGGAUUUUGAGACAAUAGUACCAUGUCAUGGAAAUGUCAUUUCAAAAGACGCGAAGAUUGUCUUUAAGAAAGGAUUUAAUCUCUGA